UCGCGUGUCUUGCAGGCCUUUGUUACACCAUGGAGCAAAGAUAUUUUCAAAACCCGUAUCCUGACUACAACCAGCAAGAGUCAUCAGACUUCACCUCCACAGUGCAGCUGUCAUCUGACUUUGUACACCGCCUGAAUAGUAAGAUCAAGGAGCUCCUUCAGCUAAUGGAAAAGGGUCUGAAAUCUGUGGACCCUGCUGACUGUACCACUUACACAGGAUGGGCAGGGAUUGCGAUGUUGUAUUUACACCUCUCAGAUGUGUACGGAGAGCCAUCGCUUUUGCAGAAAGCACAAGAGUAUGUCCAAAGAAGCCUGCGCUGUUUGACCAGAAGGGACGUCACUUUCCUUUGUGGAGAUGCUGGGCCAUAUGCUAUAGGAGCUGUUGUGUUUCAGAAGCUUGGAUACUCAAAUGAAGCUGAUGAUUGUAUCAGGAGCCUCCUUCAGAUGCAUGCUUCUGUGAUAAAGUUGGACUCCCGACUCCCAGAUGAAUUACUCUACGGAUGUACGGGAUAUAUCUACGCCCUCCUUUUUAUCAACAAACAGUAUGGGAUGGAGAAGAUCCCUUUGGGAUACAUUCAGCAGGUGUGCCAUACGGUACUGGAGUCAGGUCUGCAGUUGUCAGGACAAAGAAACUUCACCGCUCAGAGCCCACUGAUGUAUGAGUGGUACCGAGAGUAUUAUGUUGGCCCUGCCCAUGGCCUUGCAGGGAUAUACUACUACUUAAUGCAGCCUGAAUGCAACCUUGGUAGUGAUAAGCUGUUGACAUUUGUGCGACCCAGUUUGGACUAUUUCAGCCAUCUCAAGUUCCAGACUGGCAACUACCCACCCUGCAUAGGCGACCAUAGAGAUUUGCUAGUUCACUGGUGCCACGGAGCCCCAGGUGUCAUUUACAUGUUAAUCCGGGCCUAUAAGGUUUUUGGCGAUCAGAAAUACCUGAUAGACGCCUUGCAUUGUGCAGAAGUAUGUUGGCAGCGUGGGUUACUGAGGAAAGGCUAUGGGCUGUGCCAUGGAUCAGCUGGAAAUGCCUACAGCUUUCUUGCACUCUACAACUUGACCCGUGAUUUAAAGUACUUACAUAGAGCAUGCAAGUUUGCAGAAUUUUGUAUGGAUUAUGGUGAGCAUGGCUGCAGGACACCAGACACUCCUUUCUCUAUGUUUGAAGGUAUGGCCGGGACAAUUUACUUCCUGUCUGAUUUACUAGAACCAUCGAGAGCCAGGUUUCCAGCUUUCGAAAUCUGAGAACCAUUUAGUGCACCCCCCACCCCUCUUAGUUCCACGUUGACAGCGUCAUGGAAUAAUGCUUGAUGUAAAAGCCAUAAAAACAGCUUAGCGUUGAUAACCAGCAUUCAGUGAUGCUUUCGUACACUGCCAGAUAUGAAACUCUGUUCACAGACUUUAUCUGUGAAAAGUAUAACUUCUUAUUAAAGGCAUAUGACAAAAAAAGUGAACUGUAAAUAGUUGAAUGUAAAAAGUAACUGUGUUGCAUGACUCUUUAAACCCUGCAUAGGCAUCAUCUUGUCAUCUCUGGCCCAUUAUAACAUCCUCUGUCUGCUAUAGUUGUGACACAGAGGCUGAUUGGCAUUUAUUGCUCAUUAACUUCUUACCUUUGCGUGUUUUCUGGAAAAGAAAUUCAAUGUUUUUAAAGGGGAACUAUCACUUCUCUGGGACUUAAACCAUUAAAACAUUGAAAAUCAUCUAUAACUUGUGGUAACCUUUUUUGUUUAAAGAUGCUCCAUUUUAUGUUAAAUAUAUUUAACAGAUUUGGAUAAAGUGAUAUAGCAAGCCAGUUCAGUUUGUGCACAGUCAGGGCACACAUUGUAUUGAAGGAGAAACAAAUAUUUAAUUUUUCUGUUUUUCCUCUUAUACUAACUAUGGUAAGUAGCAGAAAAAAGCAGCAUUUAUGACAAUGACUGAAAGGAAGCAAAGAUGGAGACACUAAUUCUGGCUAGAAGUAAAAAAAAAAAAAAAAACAGCGGUGUGAAUUUCUACAUUUCAUUUUUUUUUUUUAGAUCUCACAAAGACAUAUAUGGUGGUAAAUAUAGGGAAUAAGGAAACCUAAUAUUAAAGAUCUUGGGAAGUGACAGCUUCCCUUUAAUAUACUUACUAGUUGUUAGGUGGUCCCUCCCCAUGAAAAAAACCAUCUUUCAGUGAAAACCUGUAUAAGUGAGAAACAAACGUGCACGUUUUAGAAUAUCCAGCUCAUAUGAUUUAUAAUGUAGUUUGCUUGUACACAUUGAAGAAUUAUUGAAAUAAAAUACUUUUUUGUUUAA